CCCCCCCCUCUCCCUCCCAUAACCAUUUCCAACCCCGCACUCCCUCAACACGCAAAAGCUCUCAUCUUUUCAGCAAUGGGUCUGCUCCCUCUGCUGCUGCUGCUGCUGCUCGCCGGCGCGGCGAAAUCGGACUUCGCGAAAGACAGGGAGGAGUGCGCGAACACGCUGGCCGGACUGGCCACUUGUCUGACUUAUGUGCAGGGGAGCUCGGCUGUGCCGACGCCUGAUUGCUGCGCGGGGUUGAAGGGAGUGCUGAGCAGCAGCCCCAAGUGCUUGUGCGUGCUCAUCAAGGAUCGGGAUAACCCUAGCCUCGGCGUUCACAUUAACCUCACCCGCGCUCUUAUUCUUCCUGAGACUUGCAAAGCCUCUGCUAACAUUUCGCACUGCCCAGAACUACUGAACCUGCCUCCGAACUCGCCGGAUGCACAAGUCUUCAAGAAUUUGACGGCGGGCAGCACAGCGAAGGGCAGCUCAGCUGGCGAUAAGGGAAGUGGAACCUCCAAUAGCAAUGAAAGCAGCCAUGGAAGAAGGUUGGUGGGAGUGCAGCAGCAGCAUUCAUUUGUCGCUCUAUUGCUCCUUCCCAUGUUUUUCACAAUAACUUAAAGAUAUUAUUGCAU